UAGUUUGGAGUAAGUGGGGGAGAGAGGCAGAGUGAGCUCCAUCUCUCUCUCGGUCUGCUGUCACUCUCAGGGCAAGUUUAGUUGGGAUCUAAGCUUGGCGCCACUGAAGAUGUCUUCACGCAUUCCUCCCUGGUUCUUUGGAUUAUUUCUGCUCGUGCUCCGGUUCUGCUGCCGACGCUCCUCUGCCUAUCAGCCGCUGGACGAGCGCGGUUCCCAGGGAGCCUUGGACCUUACGGAGCUGAUCGGCGUCCCCCUCCCCCCCUCCGUCUCCUUUGUCACGGGUUUCGAGGGUUACCCCGCCUACAGCUUCGGACCGGACGCCAACGUGGGCCGCCUCACAAAGUCGUUCAUCCCCGACCCGUUCUACAAUGACUUCGCCGUCACGGUCAUAGCCAAACCCACCACACGGCAAGGUGGCGUGCUGUUCGCCAUCACAGAUGCUUAUCAAAAAAUUGUGCACUUAGGUAUAGCGUUGUCAGAAGUGGAAGAUGGUUCCCAGAGGGUCGUGUUGUACUACACUGACCCAGGAACGACAGCUGGGACCCAGGAAGCAGCUUCCUUCAAAAUGGGCGACCUGACGGGACGAUGGGCGAGGUUUACCCUGACGGUGCAGGGGGCGGAGGUGCGUCUCUACAUGGACUGUGAGGAAUAUCACCGGGUUGCCUUUACCAGGAGUCCGAAGCCACUGACGUUUGAGGCCAGCUCCGGGAUCUUUGUGGGAAACGCCGGGGGCACAGGCCUGGCGAAGUUUGUGGGCUCCAUCCAGCAGCUGGUGUUGAAGUCAGAUCCCACGGCCCCGGAUGACCAGUGUGAGGAGGACGAUCCUUACGGACCACAGGGUCCAAAGGGAGACGUUGGUUUGCCAGGUGUUCAAGGACCUCCAGGACUUAGAGGUGAAAAGGGCGAGCCAGGAUUUAUCAUGGCAGCAGACGGAGCCAUGGUGUCAGGCCUGGCUGGUCCUGCGGGACCCAAGGGAGUCAAGGGAGAUAACGGUGUAGCUGGACCCCCUGGUGUUCAAGGACCUGUGGGACCCCCAGGGCCAAAAGGAGAGUUUGGUUUUCCUGGACGAGCUGGUCGUCCAGGCCCGAUGGGACAAAAAGGAGACAGAGGGGACUCUGCUGGGCUGCAGGGAGCUCCAGGCCCUCCUGGACCGCCGGGCCGCCCAGGAAUGUUCAACUGCCCCAAAGGAACAGUUUUCCCCGUCCCUCCCAGACCCCACUGCAAAAUGGCUAACUGUUCAAGGAUCCCAUCAUACUCCUGCAUGCUUCACAUCCAGUCUGGAAAGGUGAAGGCUCGGUGUCAUAAACCAACUGAGCUUAAUCCCAAUGGAAGCAUUGCAGUUGGAAACUGUCAGACGGGAUUAAAAGGAGAGAAGGGAGACAGAGGCCUUCCUGGGAUGCCAGCUCCACAGAAUACUUUCCUGGCCAGAGGAGCCUGGUGGCCAACAGGGGACCAGGGUAUGAAAGGAGAGAAGGGAGACAAGGGAGAGCCCGGUAUGAUGGGGCAGCCAGGUAUCCCCGGUAGACAAGGACUGGUGGGUCCGAAAGGCGAGUCGGUGCUGGGCCCUCCAGGCCACCCUGGGGUGCCCGGCUCACCUGGUGUCCCAGGUUAUGGGAGAACUGGUCCUGUUGGUCCUCCUGGGCCACCGGGGCCUCCAGGACCCUCUGUGACACCCACAAGAUACGGCUCAACUGGCAUGACCAUCGGUGGCGCUCCUGGACUUCCUGGACUUCCUGGACCACCAGGACCUCCUGGAACCUCUGGUAGCUUAGCACCUCUGCAAACUUUUUCUACUCGUGAGAGCAUGAUGCAGAACACGGUCAGGGACGCAGAGGGAACUCUGGCGUACGUGACAACGACAGGAAGUCUUUUCCUCAAGGUUUCCCAGGGAUGGAAAGAGAUACAGCUCGGCAGCCUGAUCUACCUCUCCAGUAACAUCAUACCACAAGAUGAGCCUCGAGUAGCAUAUCAGAUAAGAGGAGACACGGUGGAAAGAAUAAGUUCAGUUAAAGAGAGGCUCAACCUGGUGGCCUUGAACCAGCCUCACUCUGGGGGCCUGAUGGGGCUCGACACGGCCGACCGCAUGUGUUACGAGCAGGCCAAGGCGAUGGGUUUGGCUCCGAACUACCGCGCCUUCAUCUCCGCCCACAGGCAGGACCUGGUCCAUGUGGUUUACCCUGGUUUCCGUGAAACUCUGCCUGUCACCAACCUCAGGGGAGACGUGAUGUUCAGGAACUGGCGGGGGAUUUUCAACGGCGACGGGGGACCAAUAAAUUCCCGGAUACCCAUCUACUCCUUCGAUGGCCGGGACGUUUUAGCCGACCCCUUCUGGCCUCACAAGAACAUCUGGCACGGCUCCACCAGCAGGGGUUUCCGUGUGGUGGACAAACACUGUGAGACGUGGCGAGCGGAUCACGUGUCCGUCAUGGGUCAGUCGUCCAGCCUGACUUCAGGGCUGCUCCUGGGCCAGCAGACGCGAAGCUGUUCCAACGAGUACAUCGUCCUUUGCAUAGAGACCCACAAAAACCCUUAAAUCCCGUCCCAACCCUCCCCCGACGACGCCCCAUACCACUCCACCGAGGAACCCGUCUCCGCCGCCGUGGAACAUUCUGGGAAAGAACGUCAUUUUCAGCACAUGGUUGGUGCUAUGUGUCGCAUUUUGUGGCAGGAAACCCCGUCUUUUACAAAACAGGAUGUUUAUACUUGUUUUUCUCCUCACGUCACUUUCUGAGAAGAAAGAUUCAGAUGCAGUAACAAACAGAGAUUUAUCGUAAUGUGAAGUCGACGCUACUUUUUGAGGAUUCCUUGCAAAAGAAUUUCCGUUUGUGUUGUAAAGUAACAUGAUAGAUUUCCCAUUAACUCGGCUGUUGUGGCACAUAAUGUAAAAUGCAGCAGAGCCUGAUGGCGGCUGCCAGUCUUCGUAGCGAUGAUCGUAGUAAUUCGAGACGUUAACGCUGUCCUCUCAAAGUAAAUAAGUUAUUACUGUUAAAAUGAUAAAUGCGGCACCUUUAAUUUGUGUCACUUUGCGAGAAUCAAACAAAGCAACACAAACGGCUUCACAUAGUCACCCGGGUGUGUUGAGGAUGAGACGUCUCUUUUGCAUUUGUCUCGUCGUUCUUCAAAAGACUGAACGUCGAGACCGAGGACACACUUGUCCGCAGAAAUGUGCACCUGAACCUGAAACCUGCCCUGAGAGAUCUCCAAAGACUUUUCAACGGAAGCGUCAAAAUGCAACUUUUGUUGUUUUGUUGUCACGGAUAUAGUUUUUUUUGUUUUUAUAUUUGUCAAGAAUUUCAGGAGAAGUUUACUCAACAUUUCAAGAGCCAGACCUUAAAGCUCGUCCCUCGUCCAACAGCAGGACGACCUGACGACCAGUGUUGCCGCCAAAGUAAAUAUCGUUGCACUGUACUUCAUUUUACAAAUAUUUUUUAGUUCGACAUUUUCAUUCUUGAAUGUGUUCUUAGCUUUUCUUACACCUCGGUGAUCUCACUCCUUAGCAGCUCCUCUUCUCUAUAGCCUAUUUAAUUUAAAUCCAUUUUGAUUUAUUUAUACCGUCACAGCACAUAACAUGAAAUCAAAUGAUUAAAUUUAAGAAUGUAAUUUAUCGUUCAUUGUUUGUCAAAUGACUGUUUUUUAUUUUCCUCACUUUUUUGACAUUUAAUUUUGUACAGUUCUUUUUUUUUUUAGCUCAUAGUUUUCUGGAGAAUGUCGACAAACUCAAAACAAAAAAUGCACACAAUAUAAACAAGCAAAAAAAUAUUUUCAUAACCAAAAAACAAAACUUUAUAAAGUCCAUGCUGGUGAAAGUGAGAGCACAUGUUUUUGUAUAAAUGUUGGUGCUUUGUUGA